GUCAGCUGCCAAAGAGGUCACGGCUAUGUGAUCAAGAUGGCGGCCUCCUUGUGUCAGUGUUAUCAGCUAUGUGUCAGAAGAAGCUGUCUGCUUUUGUCCAGUCGGUCGUACACGACCCUACACAAGAGAGCCCAUGUGUACAGAAUAUGUGGGUCUGUCACAAGUUCAUCACAGGUGCGGUAUGCAUCUGGUGGUGGUCGCAAAGGAUUCUUGGGGGAGUUUUUGGAUAAUCUGAAGCAGGAGCUCAGUAAAAACAAAGAGAUGAAAGAAAGCAUUAAGAAAUUUCGUGAAGAAGCCCAAAAGUUGGAGGAAUCCGACGCUCUUAAGCAAGCCAGACGAAAAUUUAAAACCAUUGAGUCUGAAACGGUAAAAACAUCUGAAGUUCUAAAGAAGACACUUGGAUCCCUGUCAGAAUCUGUCAAGGAGGGAUUGGAAGAGGUGACUCGUACAGAUCUGGGCAAGAAAAUCAAAGAAGGGGUGGAGGAGGCAGCCAAGACCGCCAAAACCUCCGCAGAGACCGUGACCAAAAGUGGAGAAAAACUGGGCAAGACUGGUGCUUUUAAAGCUAUAUCACAGGGCAUGGAAACUGUCAAGAAAGAAAUAGGUGACCUUGGACAGAGUGGACCCUACAGACCUCCAGCCAGAUUACGGAAGCGAAGUGAUUUCUCAUCCAAGACUGCUGGCAACGAAUCCAAAGUCUUUGAGGCUAAUGAGGAGGCUAUGGGAGUCGUCCUGCACAAGGACUCCAAAUGGUACCAGCAGUGGAAAGAGUUCAAGGACAACAAUGUUGUGUUCAACAGAUUCUUCGAGAUGAAGAUGAAGUAUGAUGAAAGCGAUAAUGCCCUCAUUAGGGCCUCGCGUGCCGUCACUGAUAAAAUGACCGACCUGAUAGGUGGGCUCUUUUCCAAGACUGAGAUGUCUGAAGUGCUGACAGAAAUUAUAAAGGUGGACCCCUCCUUCGAGAAGGACUCCUUCCUCAAACAGUGUGAGAAGGACAUCAUCCCCAACAUUUUAGAGUCUAUGAUCCAAGGAGAGUUGGAAGUGCUCAAAGAUUGGUGCUACGAAGCUACAUACAGUCAGCUCGCACAUCCCAUACAACAGGCCAAGGCUAUGGGGCUGCAGUUUCACUCCAAGAUUCUUGACAUUGACAAUAUAGAUCUUGCCAUGGGGAAGAUGAUGGACCAAGGCCCAGUGUUGAUCAUCACGUUUCAGGCUCAGCUGGUGAUGGUGAUUCGUAACCCUAAGGGAGAAGUGGUGGAGGGAGACCCGGAUAAGGUACUGCGGAUGAUGUAUGUGUGGGCGCUGUGCCGGGACCAGGAGGAGCUCAACCCCAACGCCGCCUGGAGACUGCUGGACAUAUCCGCCUCCAGCACCGAGCAGAUCCUCUGAGAGGAGUGCCCAUCCAACAGGACACCUGGAGGGGCGGGGGGGGGGGGGGGUGGCAAGACGAAAGCUGGGGAGAUGUUGGGGGCGGGUGGGGAGGGAAGGGAGGUGUUGAGGCUAACCAAGAGACACACACACACACACACACACACAUACUCUGACACGUGCAGUGGGCCCUGUCAGCAUGUAACCAGCAGACCACAUCAUGUUGCCUCACCCCACAUCUCCAGCUGCCCACACCAAGACUCUCCACGGACUCCGGCCCCCGAUCGAGGGCCCCCUCAAAGGAGUAGUCUUGAUGGAGGUGACUAGCCUGCCCACCUCUUCUGUCUAAAUUAACAAAUCCAUCCCCUGGUGAGGCAAACAACGAGCACGAGCCGUCGCGAACAUGGACGCCAGGCCCACUGAGAUUAGUCAUUGUACCCAAGCUGUUGCACUAACAGGAAGGUUUUUGUUAAUUCAGUUUUUACUGUUUCGAUCACUAUUUUUUUCCAGAGUGGGGAAUUAAUCUGGGAUGCCAAAUGGUUAACCACUUGUAGAUAUCCAAAAAGCCCUUUUUUCAAAUUAAAUAAAAGAUGGACAGAUUGUCAUUUAUAAUGAAAUGAAGUGGAAAUCUAACCCGUUUAUUUGGCAUCUGUUCUAUGGCCUUAUGCCCACAUGAUUUUUAAAGGCCAUUAGAGCAAAAUGUUUUUCCACUUGCCUUAGACUUGGAAUGUUGGAAUUGUUUUGUGGUUGUAAUCACAGAUUGUGUUAUCACUAGUGCACAAGCCUCCAUUUACAGGCUUCUAUAUCACAUUUGUUGCCAUUUCUUUGGAUUCAGGUUGCUACAAGUUGCUAGUAUAAAGGGACUAUGUUGCUGGUAAGGGGCAGCUGUUAAUGCUAAAUAGCCUACCUCUGUUCUGACUGGUGCUGAAGUAGAAAAUCAGGAGACUCCUUGUUAAGCUCCAGUAAGCUAGCUGUCUGACUCAGCCACAGCUGAAUGUCGUAUGAUACAUGCGGCAGGAAAGCAUGAUCUAUAUGUGCCCUCUCUGCGCGUCAGUAUGCAGUGGACUAAGCUGCUUAAACUUCUCAACCUGACAGUCCUAUUGGCUCCAGAUGGAAGUUCUUUGAACUCAACAAAUGAUUAUGUAAAUCCCUUUCCUAUGCAAUGCAUUUUUUACGAAGAUAUUCAUAAAUAGGUUUUAUAUGAAGGUUAUAUGAGGUUGAGAUUUUGCUCUCCUUUGAGACUGCAAGGAGGUUUACUUUGUCUAAAGGUGUCUGAAAUCUUGUGGUUUGCCUCUGAUAACAAGACAACAUGUUGUGGAUGGUGUGCUGGUGUAGCCUUUAAGCACAUAAGUAUUUUUGCAUCAUACAAUCUAGAAUAAAAUUGCUAAUUGUGAUGCAUCAA